AUGAACUGGAUCUUAAGUGAAGACCGCUCCCACCGAACCCCGGGUAGACCACACGUGGUCUACCUGGUCCUGGAGGACCUCGCCGAGACCGCCUACCACACCAUGAACAUCAGCAUCGACAAGUACUCGCUGGACGUCCAAUCAGGUGAGCGUGCCGACCCCUGUAAGUUCCAGAUGUGUAACUCGGCGUCCAGCUGCGUGGUGAACCGGUGGUCCGGUGAAGCCGAGUGUGUGUGCGCGGCGGGCUACGUCAGCGUGGACGGGCUGCCGUGCCAGAGCGUCUGCGACCUGCAGCCGAACUUCUGCCGCAACGACGGCAAGUGUGACAUCAUCGAAGGCAAGGGCGCCAUCUGCAGGUAACAGAUUACUGUUAUAUACUCUUC